AUGGAGAAAAAAGCAAUUCAGGACCGGUCUGCUGGAUCAGCUCCACAGCGAUCUCAUCUGGAAACCAACCUUGCCCAUGCACUUGCACGGCGGCGACAAGCUUCGACACUUCGCAACUUGACUCUUCCAGCUUCCAACGCCAUUGACUUCAGCUCAAAUGAUUUUCUCUCACUUUCCAGCUCCUCAGCACUUCGGAAGCUUUACCUUGGAGAACUAGCCGCUCGACCGGAUUUUCCUCUUGGCAGUGGUGGCUCACGUCUUCUUGAUGGCAAUAGCAGUUAUGCAGAGGCAUUGGAGAGGGAUAUAGCAGCGUUUCAUGGUGCGGAAGAUGGCUUGCUGUGUAACUCUGGCUUUGACGCGAAUGCUGGUUUGUUUUCUGUUUUGCCACAGCCUGGUGAUAUUGUGGUGUAUGACAGCUAUAUACAUGCUAGUGUGCAUGAUGGCAUGAGGGCGAGUCGUGCUGGAGCGAAUUUCGCGUUCAUGCACAACUCGGUUACGGAUCUGCGGGCUGUGUUGAAGAGAUGCAUCGACUCGGAUGAAAAGUUCAGAUUGGGUCGACGUAGCAUCUUCAUCGCGGUGGAAGCAAUCUAUAGUAUGGAUGGAGACGUUGCACCCUUGGGGGAGAUUGUCGAGGCAGUGACUGAGCUACUGCCUAACGGCAACGGACACAUCAUCGUGGAUGAGGCACACUCUACAGGCGUAUUGGGUCCACAAGGUAGAGGCCUAGUCUCAGCCCUUGGGCUGGAGGACAAAAUUACUAUUCGAUUGCAUACCUUCGGCAAGGCGAUGGCUUGUAACGGUGAUGCCCCAGCUAUCAUCCUUUGCAGUCCGUUGAUCAAGCAUUACCUCAUCAAUUACGCACGACCACUGAUCUAUACCACUUUCUUAUCUUUCCCAGCACUAGCAGCCAUUAGAGCUGCAUACACCUUCCUCUCCACCGACAACACAACCGCACUGGCCACACAUCUGUUCGACCUGAUUAGCCUAUUACACGAACGAUUGUUUGCUCUCACAUCGAGCUUACCACAGUAUCAACGUCACCUCCUUCAAGUGCUCGAGGAAUGUCCACCAUCGCCGAUUUUCUCAGUACUCAGUUCAGACCCUCGCGGUCUAGCUAAGUUCUGUCAGGAGAAGAAUUUUGUAGUUCGACCAAUCGUGCCACCGACUGUGCCGCUAGGAUCUGAGCGUAUUCGAGUCUGCUUACAUGCUGGCAAUACUAGAGUUGAAGUAGAGGCGUUGGUCGCGAGGAUCACAGCAUGGGUGGAACAAAAGACGAGCACAGCACUGGCGAAAUUAUAG